AUCAUUUUCUCCAUUACAGCACUUCAUUUCGAGGACUCAACAGUGCUUCAAAGGCGAAGUCCCUUACCGAGGAUGGACAACGACUCAUUCCACAAUCAGUAUGACUCCAACUACACAGACCCAUAUGAUCCGUUCACUUUCGAAGACCCCCCUGUGUUGGGCGUGCCUCAUCUGAUCUCCCUGGUGUGCUACGGGCUGGUGUUCCUCCUGGGUGCCCCCGGCAACGCCCUGGUGGUGUGGGUGACGGCGUUCCGCAUGCCGCGCUCCGUCAACUCGCUGUGGUUCAUGCACCUGGCGCUGGCUGACCUGCUGUGCUGCCUGUCGCUGCCGCUGCUGAUGGUGCCGCUGGCCAUGGACCAGCACUGGCCCUUCGGCCCGCUGGCCUGCAAGCUGCUGAGCGGCGCGCUGUCGCUCACCAUGUACUGCAGCGUGCUGCUGCUGGUGCUCAUCAGCCUGGACCGUUGGCUGCUGGUCAGUCGGCCCGUCUUCUGCCAGAACUGGAGGCAGCCACGGCGGGCGUGGUGGGCGUGCGCCGCCGCCUGGGCGCUGGCCCUGCUCUUCAGCGCGCCCCACUUCGCCUACAUGCAGCAAAUCUCCAGGGGCAUCGAGAAGGUGGAGUGCGUUGCCUUGCACAGCCCGUCGUUGGCCUGGGCUUCCACUGUCCUGCGCACCCUGCUCGGCUUCCUGCUGCCCUUCCUGGCCAUAGUGGUGUGCCACUGGGUGGUGUACAGGAGGGCGGGGCAAGGGCCGGGGGCGGGGCAGAAGAGAGGCGGCCGCUCCCAGCGCACACUGAGGGUGAUCUGCGCCGUGGUGCUCAGCUUCUUCCUGUGCUGGCUGCCCCUCCACGUCGUGGACUUCCUCUUCCUGCUCCUGUCCGGGGAAUACCUGUACCAGCCUGACCUGCGGCUGGCGCACGUGCUGGCCCUCUGCCUGGCCUACCUCAACAGCUGCCUCAACCCGCUGCUCUACGUGUGCCUGGGGCAGAGCUUCAAGGACAGCCUGCGGCGUUCGCUGCGUAGCAUGUUCUCCUUCAUAUCCGAGGAGCCCGUCCGCACCCAAAGCCUCACCAACACCAAGAGCACCAUGAGCACCAUCCAAGAGAAGGCCGUGUGAGGGGGCGGGGCUGUGGAAGGGAGUGGGUGGGGUGGUUCACAAAAGGGUCGGAGUGGUUAUAUUACAGAUGGGCGGGGUUGUGGCUGUGGUAGUGAGUGCAAAUGCCUAAGGAGGAGAUGAAUUGUUGGACACCUGUGCUAACACACCAUAGUCACCCACAGCAGGGACAGAGGAAGCACUGGUAAACCAGUCAAACAACACAACAGAGAGACCACAGCAGCUCUGAGACAUAAUAAAUCAA